CCGCGCGCGUCAUCGCUCCGCGCCGCUGUCUCUGUGUCAUCGCUGCGCGCGGGCCAUGGCGGCGCUCUGGAGGCACUGCGGGCGGCUGCUGGCGCGGCGGCCGGGGGCUGCGCAGGCGCUCACCGCCGGAGCCCUCAUGGGAGUUGGUGACGUGAUAGCACAGCAGCUGGUGGAGCGGCGGGGGCUGCGCGGGCACCACGGCACCCGCACUGUGAAGAUGAUGGCCAUUGGCUUCUGCUUUGUGGGCCCCGUUGUGGGCAGCUGGUACAAGAUUCUGGAUCAACUCAUCCCAGGGACCUCAAAAGUGGUGGCGGUGAAGAAGAUGGUGCUGGAUCAGGGGGCCUUUGCACCGUGUUUCCUUGGUUGCUUCCUCGCCAUCACAGGUGCCAUGAAUGGUCUGUCCAUGGAAGAGAACUGGUCCAAGAUCCAGCAGGACUAUGUGGAUGCCCUCCUGACCAACUAUUCUAUCUGGCCACCAGUGCAAAUCGCAAACUUCUACUUCGUGCCCCUGAAGCACAGGCUGGCCGUUGUCCAGUGCGUUGCAAUCAUCUGGAACUGCUACCUCUCCUGGAAGACAAAUCGGCUGUGAGGUGGAAGUUGUGUCCCCUCCCUGCCUGACCCUGUCCCACUGCCAGUGCCCCUGGACCAGGCACCUGUGGCUGUCUACAGGGCUGGGAUAUGCAGGGUGCUCUCUUCAGGAGACCACAUCACCCUUACUGCUCCAGGGACACAUGGAAGAGAAGACAGCACCAAGUCCAGCCUGGGAUGGGCCAAUGCCAGGGACUGAUGGGGGUCCAGUAGCUGAUGCAGGUGGUUGGGGCAGUUCUGCCCCUUAAUAUGCUGCUCCGUCCAUGCUCAAUCCAGUCCCCAGCUCUCUCCCUGAUGGACUUGGCUUCAGGUCUGCUGUGGGCAGUCAAAACACCCAAUAAAUGGUGUU